AUGUUCGCCAACAUUGCUAUCAUUGUUACCGGCCUUGCCGCCGUCGGCACUGCCCUCCCCGCUGCCAGCAGCGCAACCAAGCGUGGCAUCGCAGACAAGUACACCUUCUACCAGGGUGACGGAUCUUCUGCCGCCGGCUGGCCUUCCCAAGAUUCUUGGGGCACCUGGGAUGAGCUCUGGGAUGCCAACGUUCCCCUCAUGCAAAAGUCCUGCGUCUGGAAUGGCUGGGUCGGUGAUGACUCUGAUUCCGAGAUUCAGGAUAUCGCCAACGCCAUCAAGUCCACUGCCAAGUCCACCGGUAUCGAUGAGCGCUUCAUCCUCGCCAUCAUGAUGCAGGAGAGCAAGGGCUGCGUCCGAGUCCCGACUACCAACAACGGUGUCACCAACCCCGGUCUCAUGCAGUCCCACAACGGAGCCGGUAGCUGCUUCGGCAUCAGCCCCUGCCCCUCAUCCACCAUCAGCCUCAUGAUCAACGACGGUGUUUCUGGCACAUCCGAGGGCCCUGGCCUUGAGAAACUCCUGUCUGAGGCUAAGGGAAAGGUUAACAGCGAUGGUAGCCAGGCCUACUAUGCCGCUUCUCGUCUGUACAACAGCGGAUCUGCUGAUUACACCAACCUCGACAACGGCCUCGGUAGCACUGCUUGCUACGCUUCUGACGUCGCUAACCGUCUCACUGGUUGGACCCUUGCUACCAGCACCUGCCACUAA